AUGGACACUAUGCUUAAAUCUCUUUGUGUUGUAUAUAAACCAGCUACCAACUGGAGAUUAAAUCCACUACAAUCUUUUAACAGAGUGUGGAAUUCCUCUUCUAUGGGUCCAGCCCACAUUAAUAAUUCCAAUCAUUAUAAGGAACUCCUCAUGAGAGAGGGAGAUUUCACGGAAAAACAGGCCUCAAAAAUACUUGAUAUAAUACGAGAUGCUAUUCAAAGUGGCGUAGUCCAUGUGUCUAAGGAUUUGGCAAAGAGAGAAAGAUUGAUUCAAUUAACAUACCAACAAAGAGUUGAUUUUGCCAAAUUAAGAGAUCAACUGUUGACUUCUGAUAGAAAUGAAUUUCAUAAUGUGGAAAAUGAGUAUGAAAGAGUACGUAGUGAUUUAGAAAAAAUGAGAAGUAAGCUAAAAGAAGAAAUUACUAAGGUUAAUGCAGGAUUCAAAUUGGAUCUAUCUUUAGAGAAGGGACGAAUUCGAGAAGAGAGUUCACACCAUGAUUUACAGAUAAAAGAGAUUGAUACUAGGAUAGAUCAUGAAGUAUCUAAUAUGAAGACUCAAAUUGAUUCUGUUAAAACACAAGUAAUGCAAUGGUUAAUCGGUGUAUGUACUGGUACAUUUGCUUUGGUUUUAGCUUAUAUAAGAUUGCUGUCAUAG